AUGGGGCUAACAGCUGUGCUCUGCUUCCUCCUCCUGCUCGGCGGCUCGGAGGCCAAGCGCACUGCAGAAUCCAGGAGUGAUGACAACAGUGUCUUCGAUCUCUUUGAGCUCAUUGGCUUAAUUCGGAAGGGAGCUGGGCGCCGGGCACCCGGGGUGCACCUGGUGAAGGGACCGGAAUCCUCCAGCCCUGCUUACCGCAUUGAAGAUGCCAGUCGCAUCCCUCCUGUCCCUGACUCAAAGUUCCAAGACUUACUAGAUGCCAUCCACACUGAGAAGGGCUUCAUCCUCCUGGCCACUCUCCGGCAAGCCAAGAAGAGUAGAGGCACACUGCUGUCUGUGGAACAGAAAGACGGCUCUGGUCAUGUCUUCAGUCUAGUAUCAAAUGGCAAGGCAGGCACCCUGGACCUGAGCCUUUCUGGUGAUGGCAAGCAGCAGAUAGUGUCUGUAGAGGAUGCCUUACUAGCUACAGGACACUGGAAGAAUAUCACCCUCUUCGUGCAGGAGGACCGAGCUCAGCUCUAUGUUGGGUGUGAGAAAAUGGAGAAUGCAGAACUGGACAUCCCCAUCCAGAACAUCUUCACUAGGGACCUGGCCAGCAGUGCGAGGCUCCGUAUUGCCAAAGGGGGAGUCAAUGACAACUUCCAGGGACUGCUGCAGAAUGUGCGGUUUGUGUUUGGAACAACCCUGGAAACUAUCCUGAGGAACAAAGGCUGCUCCAGCUCCACUAGCGCGAUCAUUACUUUGGACAACCCUAUCAAUGGUUCAAGCCCAGCUAUCCGCACUAAUUACAUUGGCCAUAAAACAAAGGACAUUCAAGCAGUCUGUGGUUUUUCCUGUGAUGAACUAACAAAUAUGUUUGUGGAACUGCAAGGGCUCCGGUCCAUGGUUACAACGCUUCAAGACAGAGUUCGCAAAGUGACUGAAGAAAAUGAAUUCAUUGCCAAAGUAGUCCAGAUCACGCCUGGAGUGUGCAUUCAUAAUGGAAUCUUGCACAAAAAUAAAGAAGAGUGGACUAUUGACAGCUGCACAGAAUGUACCUGCCAGAACUCUGCAACUAUAUGCCGGAAAGUGUCCUGUCCUCUCAUGCCUUGUUCCAAUGCCACUGUGCCUGAUGGGGAGUGCUGCCCUCGAUGCUGGCCUAGCGACUAUGCAGAUGAUGGGUGGUCUCCUUGGUCUGAAUGGACUUCGUGUUCUGUGACCUGUGGGAAUGGGAUUCAGCAGAGAGGACGAUCCUGUGACAGUCUCAAUAACCGCUGUGAAGGGUCUUCUGUACAGACUCGGACUUGCCACCUUCAGGAGUGCGAUAAGAGAUUUAAACAGGAUGGUGGCUGGAGUCACUGGUCACCAUGGUCAUCAUGUUCUGUCACUUGUGGCACGGGCAUCAUCACUAGAAUUCGUCUCUGCAACUCACCGGUACCACAGCUGAAUGGCAAACCUUGUGAGGGUGAGGCAAGAGAAAACAAACCCUGCCAGAAAGAUCCUUGCCCAAUUAAUGGCAACUGGGGACCAUGGUCUCCGUGGGAUGCUUGCACAGUGACAUGUGGAGGAGGACUUCAAAAACGUAGCCGUCUCUGCAAUAAUCCUGAGCCUCAGUAUGGUGGGAAGACUUGCGUUGGUGAAGCUAGAGGGACUCAGGUCUGCAACAAACAGGACUGUCCAAUUGAUGGGUGUUUGUCUAAUCCCUGCUUUGCGGGGACUACAUGUACCAGCUCCCCUGAUGGCUCCUGGAAGUGUGGUGCCUGUCCUCCUGGCUACCAUGGUGAUGGUAUCCACUGCCAAGACAUUGAUGAGUGCAAAGAGGUUCCUGAUGCCUGCUUUGUCUUUAAUGGUGUGCAUAGGUGUGAGAAUACUGAACCUGGGUAUAACUGUCUUCCUUGUCCGCCACGUUUCACUGGGACACAGCCAUUCGGUCGCAGUGUUGAGGAUGCCAUGGCUAACAAACAGGUCUGCAAGCCACGUAAUCCGUGUACAGAUGGAACACAUGACUGCAACAAGAAUGCCAAAUGCAAUUACCUCGGCCACUUCAGUGACCCCAUGUAUCGCUGUGAAUGUAAACCAGGCUAUGCUGGCAAUGGUAUAAUCUGUGGAGAAGAUACUGACUUGGAUGGAUGGCCAAAUGAGAACCUUGUUUGUGUUGCCAAUGCCACUUACCACUGUAAAAAAGAUAACUGCCCUAAUCUGCCCAACUCUGGGCAGGAAGACUAUGAUAAGGAUGGGAUUGGUGAUGCCUGUGACAAUGAUGAUGAUGACGAUGGCAUCCCUGACGACCGGGACAACUGUCCAUUCAUCUACAACCCACAGCAGUAUGACUAUGACAGGGAUGAUGUUGGUGACGGCUGUGAUAACUGCCCCUACAAUCACAAUCCUGAUCAAACUGACACUGACAACAAUGGAGAAGGAGAUGCAUGUGCAGUGGAUAUUGAUGGAGAUGGGGUCCUUAAUGAAAGGGACAACUGCCAAUAUGUCUACAAUGUAGACCAGAGGGAUACAGAUCUUGAUGGUGUUGGAGAUCAGUGUGAUAACUGUCCACUGGAACACAAUCCUGACCAGGAAGACGCUGAUUCUGACCGCAUAGGUGAUGAGUGUGACAACAACCAAGACAUAGAUGAAGAUGGCCAUCAAAAUAAUCUUGAUAACUGCCCCUAUGUGCCCAAUGCCAAUCAAGCUGACCAUGACAAGGAUGGAAAAGGUGAUGCCUGUGACCAUGAUGAUGACAAUGAUGGUAUCCCUGAUGACAAAGAUAACUGCAGAUUGGUUGCCAACCCAGAUCAAGCUGACUCUGAUGGUGAUGGACGUGGAGAUGCUUGCAAAGAUGACUUUGAUCAAGACAGUGUGCCAGACAUUGAUGAUAUCUGCCCUGAAAACGUGGACAUUAGUGAAACUGAUUUCCGAAAAUUUCAGAUGAUUCCCCUGGAUCCCAAAGGAACAUCCCAAAAUGAUCCAAACUGGGUUGUUCGUCACCAGGGUAAAGAACUGGUUCAGACAGUCAACUGUGACCCUGGCCUUGCAGUUGGUUUUGAUGAAUUCAAUGCUGUGGACUUCAGUGGCACCUUCUUCAUCAAUACAGAAAGGGAUGAUGAUUAUGCUGGCUUUGUAUUUGGCUACCAAUCUAGCAGUCGUUUCUAUGUUGUCAUGUGGAAGCAGAUCACCCAGUCUUACUGGGACUCCACACCAACCAAAGCUCAAGGCUACUCGGGUCUCUCCAUCAAAGUUGUGAAUUCCACCACUGGUCCAGGAGAACACCUUCGUAAUGCUCUGUGGCACACAGGAAACACUCCUGGCCAGGUGAGAACUUUGUGGCAUGACCCUCGUCACAUAGGCUGGAAAGACUUCACUGCAUACAGAUGGCGUCUUAGCCAUAGACCAAAGACUGGUUACAUCAGGGUUGUAAUGUAUGAAGGGAAGAAAAUCAUGGCAGACUCGGGACCAAUUUAUGAUAAAACCUAUGCUGGUGGUCGGCUAGGAUUAUUUGUCUUCUCUCAAGAAAUGGUGUUCUUCUCAGACCUUAAAUACGAAUGCAGAGAUAUGGUGCCAAAAAGCACCACCAUCUCAGCUAGCACUUUGCUGUCCUUCAGGAAACCAGCAGGUGCUCUGCUUUUUAUGGUUAAAAAGGCACAAAUAUAA